CCUAGCUAACAUUAGCCACCUAGCUAGAAUUCGUAACAUAUCAUACGUUUGGCGAAUUCGUAACAUAUUGUACAGUUUUCAAAUUUUUAACAUAUAAUACGAUUUGUAAUUCGUAACAUAGCAUACAAUGGGUUUGGACAUCCUCAAUACAUACCAUACAAAACGUAACAUAUCAUACUAUAUAGAGUGCCUCAGAUUUACAUACAGAAUAAUACGAAAUGCUCUGAAACCAGGUUGGUAUUGAAAAGCACAAUAUAAAUAAAGUUAUUGUUAUCUACAUUGUAUCCUCAGCUACAUCCAUUGUUACGAAAUGUUAAUCGUGACACCUCUGAUUAUGACCUCAUGACCCAGACCUGCGUUGCCCUUGGAAACGGGUGCGCAUUGACAUGAAGGUUCGUGCUCGUGCCACUGUCAAAAGAACAUACCUAUAGCAAGUUAGCGUGUCAGCUGGCCUACAAAAAGAUUGAACCAUUCGGUUCAUGACAUUACAGCGCAGUCAGCCAUGUCCAGACUACAUCACCUGUAUGGCCUGUUGAGGUACCUGAUGAUGCUACUCAGUGGCAUCAUAUUUGUGAGUGGCCUUGUGCUGUUUGGCCUGGGUGUGUGGAUCAGGUAUGGUGCGGCCACCUUUGUCCAGGUGAUGGGCUCUUUUUCAGCACAGCUGGUGACCAUCAGCUAUGUGUGUAUGUGCCUGGGGGCCAUCCUGUCUCUGCUGGGGUUCAUUGGCUGCUACGGGGCCUGGAGCGAGAACCGCUGCCUCAUCAUGCUGUAUUUCAUCAUUGUGUCCAUGAUGUUUGCGGCUGAGGUUACCGGAGUUAUUUUCAUCUUGGUGUACAAAGAUCUGGUGGAGGUUACGAUUCGUGGAGCCAGUAAGGACUCUUUACGGAUGUCCUAUAUGGGACCGACGGCUGCAGACCCCAUAUCAACAGCCUGGAACACCAUCAUGGUCCAUUACAAGUGCUGUGGCUUUGACAACUCCACGGCUGACUUCAAGAACUCUGUGUUCAGUGCUAACACUGGCCUGCUGUACCCCAAGACGUGCUGUGUUGACCUGACGAGCACCGCCUGCGACGGCCUCGACACCACCCAGGGCCUGAUACACCCAAAGAGCUGCAUUACCAAACUGAUCAAUGUGAUCCAGGACCAGAGCGUCAUCUUUGGCUCCACCGCUUCUGGCAUCUGUGUCAUGGAGGAAAAAAUGACUUUCUUCAUCAACUUUGUGUUUUUGUCCACAUUUGCUGCCGUGGCUUUGGCACUUCCAUUCCCUCACAACUCCAUCAAGAGUGUUCCGAAGAUGGGCGCGAGCCGGGACUUUGAAUCAUCCGGUAACGGUCCAGUCGAUGAACAGAAGCCUAUCCGGGGAACGGUCAAAGUAGUCAAAUUUAACCCCAAUAAUCUGGGUCAGUCGGGUCUUUUUAGACGAGGUGGGAUUUUCCCCCGAGGCGCACCCGGUCCGAGAAUGCCUUUCCCGGCCUUCUUGUCCAUGGGACGUCCUGGCCCUCCUGCGCUCCCUGCCAAAGCAGCUACGGUGCCUCUGCAUCCACUGUCACACCUGCACCCCGACGGUCAGGGCGAUGGUGGGGUGGGUAUGAAGAAGAGGCAGGGAUUUGAGAUGUGGCAGAGGGCCAUGGAUAAGAACGACCACAGUAAGACCAUGUCCAUGUCGUUGCCCCUCAGUCUGAAGGACUCUGCCAACAAACAGAGCUGCGCCGCCGUGCCUUUUACUCAGCGGAUAACGUCCGAGGGCUGCGACACGGUGACGGUCCACAACAAACUGUGCUUCGGUCAAUGCAGUUCGCUGUUCGUCCCGUCUGGUUGGGAGUCCGCCAGGCUGACCGGUGCAGGGGGACACCGCCGUGCGCCCUGUUCCCGCUGCGCUCCAUCCAAGGCCCACACAGUGACCGUGCCUCUGCGCUGUGGGAUGGAGGUGCGGGAGAAGCGCGUGAUGGUGGUGGAAGAAUGCAAGUGUGAGACUGGCCGAGAGGAGGGGAAUAUUGAGGCUGGGGCCUCCAUGCACUUGUAACUGAAGAGACUCUAGUUUAAGGGUGACAUUUUCCUAGUGCAAAAGCACUGUGCCAAUUACAAAACCUACACUGCGAGAUUAUAAUGAGGUUUACAGUAUUUUUUUGCAGUGCGAAAGUAUCGCCCUAAAUGCUCGUUUCCCGUCUCACAGCACCUGCUCUAGCCUAUUUUGAUGACUUACAUUUUACAUUUGAGUCAUUUAGCAGACGACUUGAGACAGUAAAUAUAAUUUAUAUUGUGAUGUCAGAUAUGGACAUUGAUUAUGUGUAUUGUAUGUGUGAGUCUGAAUUUCUAAUUCAGAGAAAAAACGAUUUGGAGGCAAAUGUCACCAAUGAUUGUUGACAAGUGACUAACAUUUUUUGUCAUGCACAUUUCUGUUCAACCUUAUGGCAGAAUGAGUCGUCCACACCGGACAGUGUAAUAAUGUUGAAUAACUUGUUUAGAUUCAUCUGAACUGAACUGCAUUUUGUUUUUGUGAAAUAAAAAUGUCUAUCUAUU